AUGGUCAAAAUAGACGAAUUUGCCGUUGAGCGGUGGAUGGACGAUUAUGAGAAUGAUGCCAGAUUCAAUCUUGCUGAGACCUGCUGCGCUUCAAUCUCGUUGACUGAUCUUCUUGAGCUCUCGGGGAACUCGGCGCAGGCAGAUAAGGUCUUGGAUUUCUCCAAGAAGCAGGUCUACGGUGCAAUUCGAGGAUCUGUAGCUUUACGCACCAACAUCGCUCGUCUAUACGUCGAUGAACUGUCUACCCCAGUACCGGGAGACCAGGUUCUUGUUACUAACGGAGCAAUCCAGGCGAACUUCCUGGCUCUCUAUACAAAUGUUGGCCCUGGAGACCACGUUAUCUGUCAUUACCCUACUUACCAACAACUCUACUCUGUGCCCAAGUCCCUCGGAGCCGAAGUAAGCCUGUGGAAGUCCAGAGAAACCGAAGGAUGGCGACUCGAUCUUGAUGAAUUAAAGUCUUUAAUUCGCCCCAACACCAAGUACAUAGUUAUCAACAAUCCUCAAAACCCGACUGGCGCUGUUUUGUCUCACGAAAACCUGAAAGGAAUUGUGGAUAUCGCACGAGAGCAUGGGAUCAUCCUUCACAGCGAUGAGGUGUAUCGACCUCUAUUUCAUUCGCUGGCCGCAAACACUAAGAACCCGCCAUCUGUACUCUCAUUUGGAUACGAAAAGACCGUUGUCACAGGCUCCAUGUCCAAGGCGUUCAGUCUGGCUGGCAUCCGACUUGGUUGGAUCGUUUCCUUGAGUUCCGCAAUUAUCGAAGCAUGUGCAUCCGCAAGAGAUUAUACCGUGAUAUCAGUGAGCCAAGUUGAUGAUCAGAUUGCCACCUUUGCCCUUGACAGCCCGACGGUGGAUAAUCUUCUGACCCGCAAUAUCACAUUGGCUCAACGAAACCUGGCAGCUUUGGACGAAUUUGUGACGGAUUUCAAAUAUGCCUGUCAAUGGACCCGCCCUCAAGCGGGCACGACCGCUUUUAUUAGAUUCAGUGACAAGAGCGGAAGUCCCGUUGAUGAUGUGGAGUUCUGCAAGCAAUUGCAACAAAAUACCGGGGUGAUGUUCGUGCCGGGGAGCCAAUGCUUUGGAGGCGGAGUUGAUUUCAAGGGCUUUGUUCGGGUGGGUUAUGUCAAUGAACAUCAAACCAUCAUUGAUGGUCUCGAAGCUCUACGAGUAUUCAUGGGUGAUGGAUAUUCCAAGUUACCACUAGCAUAA